AUGGCUCUCAAUAUCGACACCUCAGAUCGCCCGGGCCUCCGUCUCCCCAACCCGCCGCCACUCCUUCAUACUCGUGCCGGAAAUGAAGCUCUCGAUCGCCCCUCCACACCCGCUGAAAGUGGCUUCACCAGCCCCGUGCAAACCCCUCAAGGGAGUCCCAGCAAAAAUCGCAUGCCUCCCGGCGCAAUCGACCUGCCCAACGUGUUCGAAAAAGCUCUCAAGCUGAACCCCACCUCGCCCACCAAAGGCACCUAUAACCACUACAACCACCCCAUGUUCGCGCCGCCCCGAUCCGGCGAGGACUUUACCGAAAGUGUCAUCCGUCAGCCACCAGGCAGUCCCACGCGCAAAGCCAACAAAGAAAACACCCCUCCCAACUCCACCCGUCUCACCAAAGACCUCGGUCCGAACCCCGCGGCUGCUGCCAUCUCCCGUCAUGAGCCAUACCAGCAACGAGAUCUCGAGAGCAUUCAGCGUCGUCAGGUUCCCAUGCGGGGGUUGACCCCGGAGGAGUUGGAGAAGCUGCAGAAUCCUAGAGUUAAGCGAUUGGUAAAUGUGACACAGCUUUACUUCCUCGAUCAUUACUUUGAUUUACUGAGCUACGUGCACAACCGCCAAAAUCGCUAUGCGCAGUUCCGGUCUUCCAACCCCGAGCCCCCCGCCACUCCGAUGGAGACGUAUGAGCCCGCUCUGCUGAAAUAUCUGGGUCGGGAACGGGCCCACCUCCGCAAACGCCGCACUCGACUCCGCCAGCACGACUUUCAGAUCUUGACUCAAGUGGGCCAGGGAGGUUAUGGACAGGUCUAUCUGGCGCAGAAGAAGGAUACACGGGAGGUGUGCGCGCUCAAGGUGAUGAGCAAGAAGUUACUGUUCAAGUUGGACGAGAUCCGUCAUAUUCUCACUGAGCGCGAUAUUUUGACGGCCGCCAAGAGCGACUGGUUGGUCAAGCUGCUGUACGCGUUCCAGGAUGACGACCAGAUCUACCUGGCAAUGGAGUAUGUGCCGGGAGGUGACUUUCGCACGCUGCUGAACAACACCGGAGUCUUGCAUAAUCGUCAUGCUCGGUUCUACAUUGCAGAGAUGUUCAGCUGCAUUGAUGCGUUGCAUGCGUUGGGAUACAUUCACCGCGAUUUGAAGCCAGAAAACUUUCUCAUUGACUCAAGUGGUCACGUCAAGCUGACCGACUUUGGCCUGGCCGCGGGUAUGCUGAACCCGGGCAAGAUUGAGUCCAUGCGGGUGAAGCUCGAGGAGGUUGGCAACACGCCGGUGCCGUUCGGUCGCCCCAUGGAACAGCGCACGGUGGCAGAGCGUCGCCAGGGAUAUCGGUCGCUGCGAGAGCGCCAGGUCAACUACGCCAAGUCGAUUGUUGGGUCGCCCGACUACAUGGCACCCGAAGUGCUCAAGGGCGAGCAGUAUGAUUUUACGGUCGACUACUGGAGUUUGGGAUGCAUGCUUUUCGAGGCCCUCGCCGGAUACCCGCCGUUUGCGGGCGCGACGGUGGACGAGACGUGGCAGAACCUGAAGAACUGGCAAAAGGUGCUCCGCAAGCCGGUGUACGAAGACCCGAACUACUUCCUGUCGCGACGCACGUGGGACCUCAUCACCAAGCUGGUGGCGUCGAAGGAGAAGCGGUUCAAGAACAUUCAGGAGAUCCACGCGCACGACUACUUCAGCGAGGUGGACUUUAACCAUCUGCGCGAGCAGCGUGCGCCGUUUGUGCCCGAGCUGGAUUCGGAGACAGACGCGGGCUACUUUGACGACUUUACCAACGAAGCGGACAUGGCCAAGUAUAAGGAGGUUCAUGACAAGCAACGCGCGCUGGAAGAGAUGGCGGAGCGUGAUGAUAAGAUGAGCAAGGGAUUAUUUGUUGGAUUUACAUUCCGACACCGCAAGCCGGCCAUGGACGGGCUAGGCCGCGGCUCACCGCGCAAACCGAUCGCGACGGACGGAUCAUUCGGAACGAUGUUUUAG